AUGAAGGUCAUCCUGCUUGCCCUGCUGGGCCUGCUACUCGUCCUCAGUGUCUCUGCCACCGACUACUUCGAACAACUCAACCUGACACCUCUCCCACUUGGCUCACUUCUUGCCUCGUUCGAAUUUCGCAGCAACGAGUCUCUAUCUGCCUACCAAAGCCAGAACUUCCGCUACUUCCCGCGCUCGCUAGGCCAAGUUCUGCAAAGUACCGACACAAAGGAGUUACAUCUACGCUUCACCACUGGUCGUUGGGAUACAGAAACGUGGGGAGCACGACCUUGGAAUGGCACGAAAGAAGGAGGAACUGGAGUUGAACUCUGGGCUUGGAUUGAGUCCGAUACAGAGCAUGAAGCUAUGCGAAAAUGGCUGGUCUUAAACCAGGCUCUUUCAGGCUUGUUCUGUGCAAGUCUAAAUUUCGUGGAUGAGACGAGAACCACAAAGCCGGCCUUGUCCUUCCAGCCACGAGGUACACAUGACAACUCGAGCAAUCUACAUCUACUUCACGGUGUGCUUCCUGGCGAGGUUGUCUGUACCGAGAACCUGACGCCCUUCAUCAAGCUUCUGCCUUGCAAGGGUAAAGCUGGCAUUUCCAGCCUCCUAGAUGGUCACAAAGUCUUCGAUUCAUCAUGGCAAAAUGCCCUAGAGACACCUGCUUGGAGUCUCAACGAUGUCUUUGGCCGCCAGGCUGCAGGUUCUUGUCCUCUGGCAGAGACAGAAGGCCCAGAAGCAAAAUCGAUUUGUCUCAACGUUCCACAUUCUCAGGGCGUCUGGAUUGGAGCGGGAGGCUUUGAAGUCCGCUCUCCACCUGGUGUACCUGAGAAGCGCUGCUAUCAACUCGUCAAUGGCGAGCCAUUUGACUUUGACAUGCCUAAGACAUCGGUCCGCACACAUCAACAAUUAGCAGUAGGCAGCGAAUUGAUCAAAGUCGAACGUACUAUGACCGGACAUGGUGCCGCUCAAGGUGGUAUGAGGACAGUCCUCACGAACCCCCUCGACACAUCCGUCGAUCUAGUCAUGUUCGAGUCCCUGCCAUGGUUUCUGAGACCGUAUAUGCACACACUCACGGCGACUAUGUCCGCCUCAUCCAUGGAUGUCGACGUGGUAAAGGACAUCUACUACCGCCCCGCCAUCGACCGUCACCGCGGCUCACAGAUCGAACUACUCCUUUCCAUCCCUCCUCUCACGUCUAUAACCCUGACCUAUUCCUUCGAGAAGUCCAUCCUUCGUUACACGGAGUACCCACCCGAUGCCAAUCGCGGUUUCAUAGUCGCACCUGCUGUCAUUCGCAUCCUCAAUCAGACAAGUCCCGUCUACGUACGCACAACCAGUUUACUGCUCUCCUUGCCAACUCCAGACUUCAGCAUGCCGUACAAUGUGAUCAUUCUGACGAGUACCGUUAUGGCGCUAGCCUUCGGCAGUAUCUUCAACAUCUUGGUUAGGCGGUUUGUAGGUUUGAAAGAGGUGCCGGAAAGUGGGAUUGGAAAGGCAGUGAAGAGGGUAAGAGGCAGAAUCGUGGCACUGAGACGAAGAGCGAUAGGAAAAGAGAAGAAGGAGGAGUAG